AUGGCGCCAUCGGAGAAUGACAGCCACAGCUCGACGCCGCGGUCCUUUACCGGCCAGACGGCCUCGGCUGAAGAAAUGCUGAAGUCGCAGACAGUUGGCCUGGUCCACCUUUCCGAUUUUCGCAAACGUCGCGCCGAGGUGCUGGAGCAGAAGGAACGAGAGGCACACGAUAAGUCGCUGGGGAGGUUCGCCUCCGGCGACUCGAGGGGCGCAACGCCGUCGGCAAGCGAUGCGACUGAUGGUAAUUCGACGCCACAGAGCGAAGGUCCUCCCAAGAAGAAGAAAAAGAAGAAGCCGCUAGCGAAGAGCAAGCUCUCAUUCGGAGAUGAUGAGGAGGAGGAGAAUACUGGAAACGAUUCCGCCGCUACGCCGGGCGAGUCGAGGAUUGCUCGAUCAGCUUCAAAGACGCCCGUUGACGAUGGUUCCCUACCGUCGUCUCGUCGGAUUACGCCAAAUCCCAACGCACCUCCCCCACCGAAAGCAAUGACCAAGGCGACGAUCAAGGCAGAGGCAGAGGCACGAGAUGCUCUGCGCAAGGAUUUCCUGGCGAUGCAGGAAGCGGUCAAGAACACCGAGAUAUUGAUCCCAUUUAUUUUCUAUGAUGGAACGAAUAUACCGGCAGGGAGCGUCAAGGUGAAGAAGGGGGAUCCCGUCUGGUUGUUCCUUGAUCGCUGUCGUAAGGUGGGAGCAGAGUUGGGAGUGGGUGGCAACAGCGGAGCCACCAAGGGACGCAAAGAUAAUCGUCGUGAAUGGGCCCGAGUCAGUGUCGACGACCUGAUGCUCGUCAAAGGAGAAAUCAUUGUCCCGCAUCAUUACGAAUUAUACUAUUUCAUCGCCAAUCGUGUACCCAAUUUCACUCAUGCCGGCGGACUGCUUUUUGAUUAUUCCAACAAGCCUCCGGCCAGCUCCAUCGAUAAUUCCUUGUCGAAAUCGAACGGCGAAGAACUUGAAGGAGCCGACAAAGAUCCCUCGACAACCAGGGUGGUAGACAGGCGGUGGUAUGAGCGAAACAAGCACAUCUUCCCGGCCAGUCUAUGGAGGGAAUAUGAACCUGGUCCGGAAUUCGAGGAAAAGAUGCAUACCCUCGGUCUCUCACGCCCUACCGCCGGUGAACGUCUCUGUCCAGCGUGUCAGACCCCCCUUAUCAACCCAGACGAGGCCGUCGCAACCGUCUUGAACCCCACGGAGGAUUACAAAACGAGUGUGCUCAGUGGUCUCGAUCCAAACACCAUUAUGGAAUGCGCGGGGCGAGCCUUGCUCUUCUGGACAUAUCAGACCACGCAAGAGAUCUUCUAUCAGAAAUUUCUCGCAAAGACGCUGACGGAAAAAUACGCGACGAUCAACACCCAGAUGGACAAAGUGAUUCACAAUGCGAACACGGAGAUAUCAAGCCUACAGGCAAGACUCUCUGACAUGCAAACUGCCCAGGAACAGCUUCAGAAGAAAAAUCAGGAGCUGGUCGACUUGUAUCGCGACAAAUGCAAGAAAUUCACCCAGAUCACGAACCUCUACAACUUAUUAAAAUCUCGAGCCAUGAGAUCGCAAAUGCAGACCGCUGCAUCCGACACCGUAUCCUCCGCGCUCAACACCAUGGGAAGAUCACGCAAUGGUCCUCCAGUAACGGCACCCUCAACCCUGCAAGCUACAUCCGCUCCUCCUCAGACACCUACGUUCCCGCAGAAUACCUUUCCCAUCAACCAAGAAGGGGUAGAACAGUUACACCGACACCAGCGCAGUGGCACUGGGAGCUCAAAGAAUAGACGGGGCGCUGUGGCCGUAAUGCCGCCACCAGGAAGACCCCUAGGCAUUACAAAAAACCGUAGGGACUUGUCUAUCAUUUUCAUUGAGGAUAACUAA